GUGACUGUUAACGAAUAGAAUGCAGCUGGAAGUAAUGAGCGCAGUCAAGGACAAACAGCCUCGCCACACCUUGGUUUAGUGGCUGUUGAAGGGUGACUUCACCUCCUACCGUGGACACGGCUCUAACAUUACCCAACAUAGUAUAGCUAUAACUAUAGCUUCUUCUGUGCAUCUCCAGUGUCCACUGCGAACGCCUUUGAGGAAGCAGCAGCUCUCAAACAAUGGAGAGUGACAGAGAGAAGCUCAAUCUGAAGAGGGAAGUGGGGAUUAUAGGAGCUGUGUCAUUCAUUGCUGGAACCAUGAUAGGAUCUGGGAUCUUCAUAUCCCCCCAGUAUGUGCUGUCCACUAUUGGCAGCCCCGGUGCUAGCCUUAUUGUAUGGGCUUGCUGUGGGUUGAUAGCCAUGCUGGGGGGGCUCUGUUAUUCUGAACUGGGCACAGUCAUACCAGAGUCUGGAGCGGAGUAUAUCUACAUGCUGCGGACAGCAGGGAGAGUGGUGGCUUUCAUGUUUGUCUUCAGCUUCAUCAUCGUCAUGCGGCCUGCCAGUGCCACAGGAAUUGCCCUGAGUUUUGCUGAAUAUGUUGUGGCCCCAUUUUACAGUGGCUGCACCCCUCCACAACUGGUGGUGAAGUGCGUGGCUGCGGGAGGUAUCAUGUUGCUGGCCAUAGUUAACUGUCUGAGCGUCCGCUUGUCCACCACCAUCCAGGUGGUUUCCAUGGUAGUCAAAGUGCUGGCGCUGGCAGUGAUCGCACUUGGAGGUGUUGUGAUGCUUUUCCAGGGCAACACGCAGAACUUUGACAACUCCUUUGAGGGAACAAACGUUGGCAUCAACUCCAUUGGUAUUGCUUUCUAUCAGGGCUUGUGGUCCUAUGAUGGCUGGAACACUCUGAAUUAUUUAACUGAAGAGCUGAAGCAUCCAGAAGUCAAUCUUCCGAGGGCGGUUGUGAUAGCCAUUUCUCUGGUGACUGGCUUGUAUCUGCUGGUGAACGUGAGCUACCUGACUGUAAUGACGCCCAAAGAGCUCAUGUCCUCCAGCGCCGUAGCAGUUACAUGGGGGAAUAAGGUGUUAGGAAGCUGGGGGUGGAUCAUGUCCGUGGCUGCAGCACUGUCAGCUUUUGGUUCACUGAACGGGACCUUCUUCAGCGGCGGCCGUGUGUGCUUUGUUGCAGCCAGGGAAGGACACAUGCCAGAUAUUCUGGCCAUGGCUCACGUCCGCAGACUGACUCCAUCCCCAGCUCUGAUCUUCACCACUCUCAUCUCUCUGGUGGUUCUGAUCCCUGGAGACUUUCAGAGUAUCGUCAACUUCUUCAGUUUCACUGCCUGGUUUUUCUAUGCCAUCACCCUGUCUGGACUCCUCUAUCUCAAGAUCAAGAAGCCAGAACUCCCGAGGCCAUACAAGGUUCCCAUCAUUUUCCCCAUCCUGGUCCUCAUUGCAGCAGUAUUCCUUGUGCUGGCACCCAUCAUUGACAAUCCUCAGAUUGAAUAUCUCUAUGUGACUUUAUUUAUCUUCAGUGGAAUCAUAGUCUACAUACCCUUCAUCCAUUACAAGCUCUGCCCAGGCCUGUUGACCAAGUUAACAGUGUUCCUGCAGCUGUUCUUAGAAGUCGCCCCAGCCGAGAAAAACCUGUGAUUUCCAGUUGUUAUUCAUCUGCUUUUUAAAUUCGCCUGUUUAAGCUAUGACACUCAAAUACUGCAUGUUGCAUUCAGCCACCACUUACUGUGUAACCAAUCUCCCAUUCUCUCUGCUACUGUGAACACACAGAUUUUAAAAUCUACAGGAUAGUGCUGCAAACUGUAAUCUGCUUGUAAAAUUAGCUCCAAAAAGCAUUCAUAAUUUUCUUUAGAUUUCCUGGCAUGUAUUGCCUAUUUGCACGUGUGCACUUAGUAUUUAUUUUGCUGACUUUUGAUUCUUAGUCAAAUUAGAUAGCAUGUGAAGAAAAUGUUUACAAAGUUUGCCUGUGCAAGUUUUUGUCUCUAUUUCAGUUUAUUAUAAAUGUUCAUUUGCGAAAUGUUCCAGAUCAUACAUUUGUCACAACAUAGCAGCUCUUCCAGGUGCAUAAGACAUAAACUGCAGCAACCUUUCUAAAGAACUACAGUAUUUGUAACUUGUGAUUUCAACAACUUUAGGAAUUAGCAGCUGUUCUUCAGAAACAGAACAUGAGAAGAAAGCAUGGCUUAUUAUUGUUCUCAGUAUGUCAGUGCACCACUUUGGUCCAGACUGUGGUUCAACAACUGAUGGGUGGCUUGAAAGGUUGUGUAGGCUUCCAUGUUUCCCAGAGGACGAACCCAAAAGGCUCUCCAAAAGACAUGCAUGCUAGCAUUGCUGCUGUAAGCAUCUUAGUAUGCUAAUGUUAGCAUUUAGCUCCCAGCACUGCUUUGCUUGACUGCAGAUUCUUUUCUGGCUUACUGGCAGUCCCCCAUUUCUUGCCAUAUUCAGUAUUUGGCAUUUCAAAUUAUGUGCAGUAUAUUUUGUUAUGUCUUAACUGGACUACAAGAUUGAUAAUAAGUUAUCUAGAUGGAA